AUGAAAUUUACAAUCUUUACCAUUGCCGCCACUUGCAUUGCUGCCGUGUCUGCUGCUUCAAGUACUCCUGAAAGUGGUGUUUCCACCAAUCUCGGGAAACGUGGUUUAAAGUCAUUUUUAAAACGCCAAAAAUCUGUCAAGCAUAAACAGUGCGAUCCCAAAAAGUGUGUCCAAAAUUAUGACGAGUCUUAUUGCUAUAGUACUGAAGCCCAAACCGAUCUAGUUCCAUGCCGUGCUGGUGAUCAAGGUGUCUGCAAAGAACGUGCUUUUUUAGCGUGUCUUCUUGGUGCUUGUACCUGCCUUGUUGCAACUGCAAUUAUUUCAGAAGGGCUAGACAAUUAA